AUGUCUUUUACCCUAAAAAAGGCUCUCGUUGAAGAAAAGAGAAGAUCCGUGUCAUCGAGCGUUGAACUCCCAGAGAGAGGAUCGCUACAGGAAGUUGCACACGAAAUAAAUGAUGGAAAGGUUCCUCUGGAGGAGAGAAUUGCGCGCAGAAAGUUGCUGCCCCGUCAGGUUUCUAUGAUUGGUAUUGGGGGGGCAAUCGGAACUGCGCUUUUUGUUUCAAUUGGAUCCAAGGUUAUUGAGGGCGGUCCUGGUUCGCUUUUGAUUGCUUUUUGCCUAUGGUCAGUUGUCUUCAUUGGCCUCUCACAAUCUAUGUGCGUAAUGGUAUCUUACCUACCUGUGACAGGUUCAUUUGUUCAUUUCGCUGAUAGAUUUGUUGAUAGAUCAUGUGGGUUUGCUGUUGGCUGGACCUAUUUUGUUUGCCAGUCCUCCAAUGUUUGUUUUGAGAUUACCGCAGUCUGCUUGGUAGUUGAGUACUGGACAGACAAGAUCCCCAAGGCUGCUUUGAUAUCUAUCUUGAUUGUUCUCUUUGGCUUUUUGAAUCUCUAUUCUGUAUUCUUUUUUGGGGAGGGCGAGUUUUACCUUUCGAUUGGCAAAGUCGUUUUAGCCAUUGGUUUAAUUAUAUUCACAAUAGUGACAAUGUCAGGCGGAAACCCUCAGCAUAAGGUUCUUGGCUUCAAAAACUGGGACAAUCCGGGUGCCUUCGCUGAAUAUCUUACGACGGGUUCGUCUGGCAGAUUUAAUGGGUUCAUGGCAUGCAUGAUAUUUGCUUUAUACGUAUUCUGGGGUGUCGAUUACUUGGGCAAUGCUGCAAGUGAAGCUAUGAACCCAAGAAAAGUGAUUCCGUCUGCCUUCAAGAAGGUUUUUAGCAGGCUUAUCAUCUUUUACAUCGGUGGUGCGAUAUGUGUGGGCAUUCUUAUUCCAUUUAAUGAUCCGGAAAUGAUCAAGGCCAUCAGCGAGGGUGCAGUGGGUGCUGGAGCUUCGCCCUACGUUUCUGCAAUGAAUACAAUGGGUAUCAAAGUACUACCCCACAUUGUAAACGUACUGAUUUUGUCGUCCAUCAUAUCAGCUGGAAACUCCUCUUUGUACUCAUCAUCGAGAGUGUUGCACCGCUUGGCACUAGAGAAUCAAGCACCUGCCUUUUUGAAGAAGGUAACGAAGAGGGGGGUGCCGCUUUAUUGCUGUAUAACUGUUCUUGUUAUCAGCGGGUUGUCUUAUCUUUCUGUCUCCAACAGCACUAACAAGGUUCUAACUUGGUUUCUGAAUAUCCAAACUUCUGCCAUGGCAAUUGUUUACAUCUUCAUUUGCAUCUCCUACUUACAGUUCUGUCGGGGAUGUAAAGUACAAGGUGUGGAUAUGAACACCUUGCCUUAUUACAGCAGAUUUCUACCAUAUUUAACGUGGCAUUCACUAUUUUGGCUGACAGUCAUGCUCUUCGUCAGCGGAUACUCAGUAUUUUUGAAAGACAAUUGGGAUGUUCAAAGCUUCGUGUUUUGCUACUUUAUGAUUCCCUUUUUCAUUGUUUUAUUUGUGGGGCAUAAGCUCUAUUUGAGAGGCACUUUCGUUAAACCAAAAGAUAUGGACUUGUUCAGUGGCUUAGAGGAUCUUGCCGAAGAAGAUGAAUAUUGGAAAGAAAAUCCUCCUAAAUUGAACUGGCUGGAUAAAUCAUUCGGGCUUUUGCUUUGA